GUGUUGUACUGUGAAACCAUCUAUGAAAGCACAUGCGCUCCAAACCAACCUUCGUUUCAUUCUCACAAGCAAAUCAUCGAACACUUUCCGAGCAUUCGGUGGUGGAGAGAAGAUGGCGACCAUGUUGCUGCUCCGGUCUCCCACUGCCAUCAACCCUAGAAUUCCCCUUCUCCGUAGUAGCAGAUUUGGUGCUCCCUCGAGGUUAUCGCUCCAGGGGAUGGGGAAACGCCGUGGGACUGUGUGCUUGACGGCGCCGCUUAGCCUGCAGACAUUGCAGUGGGUCUCUGCUGUUUCCGCUGGGGUGCUGAUGUUUGCCAAAGGGACCGUUAUACAGAAGUCCUUUCUUGUUCCUCUAUUUGCAUUGCAGGCACCCAUUGGUGUUAUCUCAUGGAUUAAGGGUGAAUAUGGUACAUGGACUGCCUUCCUCGCACUUCUGCUUCGACUAUUCUACUUUAUUCCAGGUGAACUGGAUCUACCCUUCUUUACUAUGCUGUUUGUAAUUAUUGCACCUUAUCAAGCGAUGAACUUAAGAGGAACUCAAACUGGGGUAAUUGUUUCAUUGGCCAUAGCUGGAUAUUUAGCUUUCAGGCAUUUCUCAACGGCAGGCAGCUUGCGAAAAGCUUUUGAUGAAAGAUCUGUUAUUGCCUCAUUGGCCAUCAUCUGCUUAAUUAUAGUGCCCUGCUUUUUUCUAUUUUGAUCUCUUGUAAUUUUCACCAAGAGAACUCCGAGUAGAUGUUAAUAAUGAGAUGUACAGGUAGUAGAUGAUUGGAACUCUUUGUACUUCCAUUAGUUGUGAAUAUUGGCUAUUCCUGGUUUACUACUGGGUUAAAAAAGACAUAGAAUCCAUGUUACUUGUUGUAAUAAAUAAGAUUACGAAUGCUAUUAAUAUAGCAGCCUCUUUUCUUA